UUAUUAUAUUUGUUUUAGUUAUUGCUAUGAGAGGAUAACUUUCCUUAAAACAAAAUGAUAUUUUUACAACUAUUAACAGUUUUUCUGGUUCUAAACAUUUCUUUAGCAAAUGAUUGUGUAAAAAGGACUUAUACAGCCGAUUCAUUUGUUUGUGUUUGUGAUGCUGAUAAAUGUGACACUUUGGAUAUUCAGAAAACUGUUGAACCUGGUUAUAUAGCAAUUUAUGAUUCAGACCAGAAAACAGCUCGUCUUGAUAAAACCAUUGUACCAGUUGGUCAAUUAAAGAGUCGAAUCGAUCAAACUAAAAACAAUCAAUUUACUUUGAAUGUAAAUGUGAAAGAUUUAAAACAAAAGAUACUUGGCUUCGGUGGUUGUUUUACUGAUGGUGCUGUUCUUAAUAUAGCAAGUUUAUCAAAUGGUUUGGUUAAAUCUUUGAUGUAUGAUUAUUUCGGUGAAAAUGGUCUUGAAUACAAUAUUGGACGAGUACCAGUCGGUGCAUCAGAUUCAUCGACACAUGCCUAUUCCUUGGACGAUACUCCAUUUGACUUUACUCUAUCACAUUUCGCUCUUGCUGAGGAAGACACUAAAUACAGGAUUCCAUUGUUGAAAGUAGCAAAAAUGUUGAAUCCUGAAUUCAGAGCUUUUGCUUCUGCUUGGUCAUCACCAACUUGGAUGAAAACAAAUCACUUAUUCCAUACUGCUGGUGGAUUGAUUUGGAAACCUGGAGAUGUUUAUUAUAAACUUUGGGCUCAAUAUUAUGUCAAAUAUUUGAAUGCUUAUUUGGAUCAUGGAGUAAAAUUUUGGGGAUUAACCACUGAAAAUGAGCCCGUUGCUGGAUUGAAAGGACUUAAUUGGGGUACACUUGGUAUGACUCCAGAAGAUAUCAGAGAUUUCGUGAAACUUGACUUGGGACCAGCUCUAAAAGCUGCCGGUUGGGGAAAGGAUAAUCUAACAAUAAUGAUUCAUGAUGACAGUACAGAUACAAUUGGCGACUAUGCAUCGGUCAUAUUGAAUGACCCAGAAGCAGCACAGUAUGUAAAGGGCAUUGCUUAUCAUUGGUACUCAAGAAACUAUCCAUCGUCAUAUCAAACUUUAUCGAAAGUUCAUGAUAAAUAUCCUGAUUAUUUCAUAUUCUCAUCAGAAGCUGGUAAUGGAGGAGUUGCUUCUGAGCAUUUAGGUGAUUGGGGACGAGCCGAAUCUUAUGCCAUUGAUAUACUCGAAGGCUUACAGCACUGGUCAACUGGUUGGACUGAUUGGGCUUUAGCUGUUGAUACUGCUGGAGGCCCUAAUUGGGCUAGAAAUUGGGUCGAUGCUACAAUCGUUGUAAAUGCAACAGCACAAGAGUACUACAAGAAUCCAAUGUAUUAUGCAUUAGCACAUUUCACUAAAUUUUUACCAAUUGGGUCGACUCGGGUUGGAUCUAGUGUAGUAAAUGCUCCAGCAAAUGUUCAUACAACUUCGUUUAUAACUCCUGAUAAUACUUUAGUAUUAAUCUUGUUAAACAUGGGCAAUGAUCAAAUCGAUUUGACAAUCAAUGGAUUUGCCAAUGUACCUGUUACAACUACACUAAACCAAGAUCCAUCGCAAUAUGCUUAUUGCAUUGAACUGAAAUGUUAAAUAAAUAAACAUGAAAUCCCUGCAUAAAUUAUUAUAAUAUUUAAAAUAAAACAAACAAUAAAGAGAAGAAAAUCAGUGGCUCUUAAGAUGUGAGACACUAUGGGUCGUAUCAAAUUGGCAAUGAAUCAUGGCAGAGUCAAUCUACGAUAAAAUGAUUCAAUACAGAAUUUAAUAUUCAAGGAUCUUCAAGUCACUUUUAACAAAGGGAUUGUUGAAUUUUGAAUAGUGAGGCCCUGGAAAUAAAUUUACAACGGUUGUCAUUAGAUAUUUCUUGAAAAUGUAUCCUUAAAAUGAAAUAAAACAAUUUAUCCGUGAA